CGGCAAGCAAUCGGCAACUUUCGAAAUUGUUUUCUGUUUGACGCUUGCUGUUAUUUUUUUCGUGGCGAAUCCAAGUGUUUUAACUUGCGAACGGACUGGAAGCGAAUGGCUACGCUGCGGAACCACACAUCAACAGCCGGCAACGGCCAGGACUCGCCACAGGCGCCGCAGGACGCGGGUGCCACGCUGGCCAUCGGCUAUGUGCGGGAAUUCAGGGCGCGGGCGGCCGCCUUUCAGGUGCAGCGAUCCGAGGAGUCGCUGAUCUAUGUGCAGCGCAGCGUGGCGCUGCUGGGCACCAAGGUGGCGGCCCAGCACUUUGCCCCGUCGCCGGGCAACCUGGAGCUGGCCCGCUUCUAUGUGGAUCUGCACGCCCUGAUGGGCGCCCUGGAGAACGAGGGCGUCGAGGACGAUGUGCUGUGGGCCUGCGUUGCGCUGGUGCAGCACUGCAGCCGGAAUCUGGAGGCGCGGCUGGCGAUCGUCGAGAAGUUCUGCUUUGUGCCGCUGCUGGGCGUGCUCAUCCGUCGCACACGGAGGCCGGAGCGAGUGCAUCGGCUGCUGGUGCUGCUGCAGGACCUGACCUAUGGCAUCCACAUCGCCUGGGAGGAGCCCUAUUUGGCGGCCCUGCUCGAGCACCUGGUGGAGAUCGUGCACGGCACGGCGGAUGGCUCGAGUGCCACAACUGGUGGCUCCGGCCAUCAUCACAACGACGACGAAGACGACUCACUUACCCUGCUCGCCCUGUCCGUGCUGGUGAACCUAUGCUACAAGAACUUCGCCGUGCUGUUCUUGUUCCUGCGCAGCGUUAACAUAUCCGCCUUCUGUCGGCGCAUCCAGAACUACGGCCUGCUGGCCUACAAGAUGCUCAUCCUGCUCUCGGAGGAUGUGUACGCCUUCGAGCUGCGCGAGCUGUACACCUUCCUGCGCACCGCCUUCGCCGGCAUCGAGGACUGCCUGAAGCACUGGAACGUGGCCCAGAUGCGGCACAUCGUUGACUUCCUGCUGGACUCACAGUGCCAUGCCGGCCUCCAUCGGGCGAUGCUGUCGCACAGCCACUACUGCGAGGAUGUGGAGAAGCUGCUGGACCAAAUCGACGCCCGCUGUGGCAUGGACGAUUCACAGGAGGAGACGCGCAAGCACCAUCAGAUUUGCCUGGAUCUGGUCUUCCGCCUGGUCAGCUACAUUCUGCAGCUGUCCGAGGAUGGCAACAAUGCCAUUAGCCUGGACGCCCUCACGCAGCGCCUCUACGAAAUGGUCGGCGACUGGCUGGGCUCCGAUCUGUGCGGCGUGGCCGCCAUCGAGCUGCUCUGCACCCUGCUGCGCCUGGGCAAGAAGACGGCGGUGACCCAGCUCAUUGCCCGCGAUCCCUCGCAUGUGGUCAGCCUGGUGGCCAGCUCGGAGCGACCGGAGACCAGGCCCGCCCAGGUGCUGGCCAUUCUGCGCCUGCUAAUUGCCCUGCUGCAAGAGUCGAAGACGGAGAAGCUGGUGCUGUCCAAGAUCUCCGAGUCGUAUUUCGACAAGAUCCUGUCGGUGCCGCUCGCCCUGGUGCCGCAGUUCCUCAGCACACAAAGCCUGGCGCCGGCCGAAGUGGAGAAGGCCUGCUUCUGCCUGCUGCUGCUCGUCAAUGUGGCCGGCAUCGCCAAGAAGGCGUACCUGGACAAGUGCUGCACCCUGCUGGAGCAGCCCCAGCUGCAGUAUUGCCUGGCCCGCGGCAUGGUCAGCAGAGGUGAACCGCUGGUGGCCGCCGUCCUUCAGAUCGCACAGUUCGAGCACUUUCCCAAGGCAGCGGUGGCCAAGCAUGUGGCUGGCAUCAGCGGUGAUCCAGGCACUUCAACUGACUGCUCCGGCCAGGCCGAGCAGUGGCGCAACCUCAGCUCGAUCCUCAAGGGCCACCGCACCUUCACCGACAAGGAAAUGGCCCAACGGGUCAACGCACUCCUGGACAGCAUCGGGGGCAUUGUGCACCGCAACGAACUGGCCUCGGCACCCGUCUCCCAGGUGAUCGAGCUGUACAACCACCGCAUCGACAGCCUCAACGGCGCCGUUCUCAGUCUGCAGCAACGCCUGGAUCAGGCUGGCCAGCAUCUGGCCACUGGCACACAGUUGGCCCACGUGCAGAGUGCCGAGCUGCAGCGCUUCCAGGCCACAAACUUCGAGCUGCUCAUCAGCCAGGAGCGACUGCAAACCCAGUGCAAGGAUCUCAAACAGCAGACAGAGAAACUGAAGAGCAAUAUGACCAACCUACUGAAGCAGCUGUCCGAGAACUCCGACCACCUGCAGGCCAACGAAAGGCGAUUGACUGUGAAAAAGUCGGAGAUUGCCAGCCUGCAAAAGGAAUGCGAGGAGCUGCGAACGAACCUGAGCGCCAAAUGCGAGGAGCUCACCAAGCUGGAGGCACACAACAAAGAAAACACUUCGCGCAUCGACAAGCUAAAGAAGUCCAUGGUGGCCUACGAGCAGGAUAUUAAAGAGAAGAUGCGCACCAUAGACGAACGCGAACGGGAGCUGGCCAAAACGCACAAGGCGCUGGAGGAGCAGCGGGAUGCGCGCAAGAAGUCCGAGGAUCUGAUCUCCGUGCUGGAGACGCAGCUGCAGGAGCGCAAGGAUCAGAUCGAAAACCUCGAGAUGGAGCAAAAGGAGACGGAGGACUUGCGCAAGACCAUUAUGAGUCUGAUGGAGAGCAAAAAGCCAAAACGGAAGGCCUGAGACUCAUUUCUUAAACUUCAAACUAUACUAAAGUUUAAGCUAGCAAUCUAAUCAACUGCACAUUCACAUCCCGGCAUCAAAUACAUUUUUUUUUUGUUGUUUAUAUUUAUAUACAUUUAUUGCAUCUUGCACAGUGCAGUGCAAUUCAUUGUUGCGGUGCAAGAGGUUCCAUUCCAAUUCCAAUUCCAAUUCCAGUUCAACCAAAAAUACAAAACAAUUGAAUAAGCCAA